ACCAGAUUGAGAAGCUAACGCACUGGAACGCAGAUCUGGGUUCUGCUGCACCCUCUCAUUACGCGAGAGGUCUCUGCUCCAUGCCAAAUCUUCGAUCACUGGAUCUGAACAGUUUGGAGCUGAGUGAUGAGUUCUACUCGACGAUGGCCUCUGAGGCAUCAAUAUCAAAGAUUGAGGAGCUAACGCACUGGGGCGCAGAUCUGGGUUCUCAUGCAUCCUCUUAUUACGCGAUAGGUCUCUGCUCCAUGCCAAAUCUUCGAUCACUGGAUCUGCGCCUUGUGGAGAUGAGUGAUGAGUUCUACUCGACGAUGGCCUCUGAGGCAUCAAAAGCAAAGAUUGAGAAGCUAACGCACGGGAACGCAGAUCUGGGUCCUGCUGCAUCCUCACAUUACGCGAGAGGUCUCUGCUCCAUGCCAAAUCUUCGAUCACUGUAUCUGGAGUGGAUGAAGCUGAGUGACGAGUUCUACUCGACGAUGGCCUCUGAGGCAUCAAAAUCAAAUAUUGAGGAGCUAAAGCACGAGAACGAAGAUCUGGGUUCUGCUGCAUCCUCACAUUACGCGAGAGGUCUCUGCUCCAUGCCAAAUCUUCGGUCACUAAAUCUGCUCCGUGUGAAGCUGAGUGAUGAAUUUUACUCGAUGAUGGCAUCUGAAGCAUCAACAUCAAAGAUCCAGACGCUAAGUAUGCGGGGUGUUUCCAUAACUCCGUGUCGACUAAACUCCAUUCUCUCACUACCACGCCUCCAGUCACUCAGCUUGGAUGAUAUCAGACCAGUCGACAUAGACAAUGGAGAGACACUGACUCGUCAAAUAACCUCUGAGUCAGUAGAUGAGCUAUCUGUGGAUGGUAAGCAUGUGACCAGUCUGUGGAACCGUGGACUUCAUACAUCAUGUCCCCGAGUGAAAACUCUCAGGCUGGGCUGGUCGACCCAGGAGAAUGUCUCAUCAGACAUCGUCACAAUCGCCUGCUCUCUAUUCAAUCAUCUAACUCACCUUCACAUCCAGGGAGACCUGGUGUAUCCAACAUCUGUUACACUGGAUGAUCCCGUGUCAUUCUGCGAGUCGGGGAUAACAUCAUGUCCCCGACUCACCAAGCUGUCCAUUAGCAACGUUGACCUGUUCAACAAGAAGGCAGCUGAGAUCAUCCAACUCAUGAAGACUCAUGUACACCUGACAAACAUAGAGUUGGAAAGGUGUCGUACCAACACGGAUUUGGAUCCACUGAUUUCUGAGGUAAACAGUGAAGGCAAGCUGACUGUCACCACGAUACAUGGCCGGUGGUAUGAGUUCUGAAGAUAACGCUCAAGUAGGCCUACAAUGUGGUUUGGCCGUCAAGCAACAACGUAUCAACGACUACUGCGGACUUCAAAAUGAAACUUGUCGAGCAUAUGGCUCCGAAUAGUCUCAUUGGACAACGCCCCCUAUCGUCAGAGUCCAGCAGCCUAACAUGUUAGCCUAUGGACUUUU